AUGAAAUUCAUAGUCACUGCUUUUGGCCUCAGCUCGCUGGCGAGUGCCCACACCAUCUUUACGACCCUCUUCGUCAACGGCAAGAGUCAGGGCGAUGGCACAUGCGUGCGGAUGCCCCUUGACGGGGCCACUUCGACCGGACCGGUGUAUCCCAUCACGGGUGACGACAUGGCUUGCGGGCGAAACGGUGGUGACGCCGUCAAGUUCACCUGCCCGGCACCCCGGGCGUCGACGCUCACGUUCCAGUUCCGGAUCUGGUCCAACGGAGAGAAGCCAGGCGUGAUAGACAAAAGCCAUCUCGGCCCCUGCGCGGUCUACCUCAAAAAGGUCACGGACAUGUACAAGGACAAGCCUGCAGGCUCGGGCUGGUUCAAGAUCUGGGAGGAUGGGCUGGACACCAAGACGGGUCAAUGGUGCGUCAACCGGCUCAUCGACAACAAAGGCCUCCUGUCCGUCAAGCUCCCGGCCGGAUUGCCUUCCGGGUACUACCUCGUGCGGCCGGAGAUUCUCGCGCUGCAAAACGUUCCGCAGGGUGAUCCGCAGUUCUACCUCGGCUGCGCCCAGAUCUUUGUGCAGGAUGGUCCGCAGACGGAGCUCCAGAUCCCGAGCGGCCACGAAGCCAGCAUCCCCGGACACGUCAACGCGUCCACGCCGGGACUCACUUACAACAUCUACGAAAAGGGCCAGGGAGAAUACCUGAUCCCCGGCCCGAAAGUCUACAUUCCCGGAGGCUACGACGGGAAGGAUGCGAAGUCGGAAGCCAGCGGGGACGGCGGCGCCGGAGCGAAGCAGGAGCAGAAGCAGGGCAAGGUGCCCAACGACUGCGUUGUCAAGAACGCCAACUGGUGCGCCAAGCCGCUGCCGGCAUACGAGACGGAGGACGGAUGCUGGGCCGCGACGAAGGCGUGCUACGACCAGGGCCAGACGUGCUGGGACAGCGCGCCACCGAGCGGCGAUGCAAACUGCAAACUGUGGCAGGAUUACUGCAAGACGAUCGAGGGGGCGUGCCAGGCUCGGAAGACGCAGGGCCCACCCAAGUUUGAUGGUGUCGAGAAGACGACUCCCGUGUCGGCCGAGAUGCUUCAGCCGUGGAACGACGUGUUCAAGGGGCAGUCUGGAGCAGGCGACGGAGUGAAGAGUGUCGCCUCGACGCCGUCGCCGAUGGCGACCACAUUGGUCAAAGUCACCUCCACCAGCGUGCCAGGCGGCGAGGAGGAGACCACUGGCGUCGCGGGCGGAGAGGAAGAGGCCACUGGCGUGCCAGGUGGCGAGGACGAGACGGCGCCUAAGCCUACGAGGACGGUGACGGCCACAUACGUGGGCACACUUCCGACGGCAGUCUACCCUGCUCCCCCCGAUGUCGCGGGUUCGUCUUCGACCGGAGGAUUCUCCUCUGCCGUUCCUGUCGAGUCCGAGACAGACCCUGUCAAGGUGUCGGUGGACGGGAGGGCUGGUGUGGGAGGACAACAAGAUACUGCGGCUGCGGAUGCCAGCCGGGUUUUGGAGACUGUCCGAAGCAAGGUGCUCGGUGAAGGACAAUCGCCGCAGCCGCCAUCUCGAUCGACAAGCGGAGGUCCAAGGCGAAAGGCGACGUUCGAUAUUUGCACUCCGACGAUGAUUGCAGGGUAUCUGAAAAGGUUUGAGCGCGCGAUUACGAUCAGGAAGGGGUCUCUCUCUUCGUUUUUUACUUCUCUCUCCCCUUUUCGAUCAAAUUUCACUCUCCUCCAAGCAGCAUCUACUCCGGCUGGCACGCCAAACCGAGAAGCGACGUUCAAUUUCCGCAGGACGGUCGAGAAGGGAGUCGACGAUGCAACCGGUGAUGUGUCGGCGAGCUAG